AUGGGUGACCGCUACAAUAUUCACAGUCAAUUGGAGCAUUUACAAUCAAAAUACAUAGGAACAGGUCAUGCAGAUACUACCAAAUUUGAGUGGCAAGUUAACCAACAUCGUGACUCAUGUGCAUCAUACCUAGGUCAUUAUGACCUUUUGAACUGGUUUGCUAUAGCUGAAAAUGAAGCUAAAGCAAGAGUAAGAUUCAAUCUUAUGGAAAAAAUGUUGCAACCUUGUGGACCUCCACCUGAGAAACCUGAUGAAUAAAUCAACAAUACUAUACUAAGAUUUUGUACAUUUAUAAUAUCAAUACUAGAAUAAGAAUAUGCAAUUAAAAAAAAAAUUUAGUCAUUAAUUCAUACUUUAAAGAAUAAAUUUUUCAUUAUAUUCUGCA